AUGAAUGUUCCACCUAGAAGGAAAACUAAUACCGGUGCAAAAAUUUGGGGUGGGGAAAGUAACAGCCUUAAGCCCCAUGGCUCUCGUUUUGAUGCUCUUGAGAGGAUUACUGAUAAGUUUGGAACAAAAACCAAGGAGGCAUUUGUUGACGUCAUCCCAACCAAUAAGGUGACCAAUAAGAUUAAUUAUGAUGUUUGGGUGAAAAUAUGGACCAAGUCUAACAAAGCUAAAGGUGGAGUGAAAGGCAUGGACCUUGCUGAAGGUCAAGAUCACACCAUUGGCGAAGAUGGGGUAAAUCUUGUCGGUUUGCCUGAUAUAGGUGCAUCAAGCACCAAAUUCAAAGUGAAUAUGAUGGAACUCAUUAAAAUUCAGUCUAUUGAUAUUUUGUUUGUCUGCGAACCUAGAAUUGGAGGAGAUAAGGCCCUCAAAAUGGUUAAAUCUUUGGGUUUCUCGAAUUUUGAAGUGGUGGAUCCUACUGGAUUUUCUGAAGGUCUGUGGCUUCUCUGGAAUGCCAAUAAAGUGAAUGUUGAAAUUAUUGGUACCUCAGACCAAACUAUUUCCGCGUAUGUCUCUUGGUAUGGUCGUAGCCUUUGGAUCUUUACUGGAAUAUAUGCUAAUCCUUGCUCCACCAAAAGAGCAAAAUUAUGGGAGUACUUGAAUUUUGUUGCUAACUGUCACCAAAUGUCUUGGCUUAUUGCUGGAGAUUUUAAUGACAUGAUCAAAACAAAUGAUAAAAUGGGGGGAAUCCCAUUACACCGGCUCAAGGGUUUUAAAAAGUGGUUUGAUGAGAAUAACAUGAUUGACUUGGGCUAUUCUGGCCCUAAGUUCACUUGGACUAAUAACAGAGUCUUUGAACGAAUUGAUAGAGCACAAUGGGAUCAAGGGUUUGGCCUGGCCCUUGCGAAGUCUCAUAGUUUGGUGGAACCUCUAAAGCAUUGGAACAUUGCUGUUUUUGGCCAUCUGAAGCAAAGAAAAACUCGAUUACUAGCUCGUCUCAAUGGUAUCCAACGAGGUAUGUGUCAUAGACCUAUUAGAUUUCUCACCCAACUGGAGGAAUCUCUCUCAACUGAAUACAAUAUCAUUUUAAACCAAGAAGCCUUGUUUUGGCAGCAAAAGUCAAGAGUCAAAUGGCUACAAGAGGGUGACCGAAAUACUAAGUUUUUCCACCUCUCCACUAUUGUUAGAAGACGCAGGAACAAAAUCGAAAAACUGAAGAACAAUGUUGGAGUUUGGGUAGAGGAAGCUAUUGAGCUAAAGAAGUUCGCGAUUGACUACUUUAUGGGGCUUUUCUAUUCAAACCAGCCAGAUAACACCAAUCCUCCCAUGUCUAAGCUAUUCCCCAGCCUAAGGGAGGUUGAGCUCAACCCCUUAGUGACUAGUAUUAAUAUCAAUGAGGUCAAGGAAAGUCUUUUCAAUAUUGGUAGCCUGAAAAUCCCGGGAGUGGUUAGGUUUCCUGCUUGCUUCUAUCAAAAUCAAUGGUAG